UCAGCUGCCCAAUCGCAGACAGCUUGAAAGUAGCACUUAGUAGCCAAUCCGAACGCAGGAGGCGGGAAAAAAAUACUUUUCAGAGCAGUGACCUCUCUCUUGGUUGCGUGUGCACGCUCGUGUGGUAGCUUGUGCGUGAGCUGGGCGCUGCUGCUGCUGCUGCGUGGUGUUGGAUGAUGGCUGCGUCGAAGUCCGUAGAGCCACAGUCCGGGAGUGGACUACCCCGCUGGCAGCUGGCACUCCUCGUAGGGACUCCAAUUGUCCUCGGCGUCGGAGCUGUGUACCUCUGGAACCGAAACCGUGGCAAGGACAAGCAAGGGAAACGGAAUGGAGAGAGGAAAACUCCUGAAGGAAGCGCUAGCCCCGUUCAGGGCCAGCACGGUGCGACCAACCCAGAGCUGGAAAAUAUGAAUCCCCUUGACAGAGCACAGUCUUCUAAGAAUAAGGGCAACAAAUACUUCAAGGCUGGCAAAUAUGAGCAGGCGAUCCAGUGCUACACAGAUGCCAUCGGCUUGUGCCCCAAAGAACAGAAGGGGGAUCUAUCCACCUUCUAUCAGAAUAGAGCUGCAGCCUUUGAGCAACAGAUGAAGUGGACAGAGGUGAUACAAGACUGUUCUCAGGCAGUGGAGCUGAAUCCUCGCUAUGUGAAAGCCCUUUUCAGACGUGCCAAAGCACUAGAAAAACUGGAUAACAGGAAGGGGUGCCUUGAAGAUGUGACGGCAGUAUGUAUUCUAGAGGCUUUCCAGAACCAGCAUAGCAUGCUACUGGCAGACAAGGUGCUGAAACAGCUAGGAAAAGAGAAGGCCAAAGAGAAGUACAAGAACCGGGAGCCCCUUAUGCCAUCUCCUCAGUUCAUUAAGUCAUACUUUAGCUCCUUCACUGAUGACAUCGUCUCACAGCCCCUACAGAAGGGGGAAAAGAAGGAUGAGGAUAAAGACAAGGAGGGCGAGGCCGCAGAGGUUGCAGAAAGCUCAGGCUACCUUAAGGCUAAGCAGUUUAUGGAGGAGGAGAACUACGAUAAGAUCAUCAGCGAGUGCACAAAGGAGAUUGAGUCUGGAGGCAGGUACACAGCUGAAGCUCUUCUGCUGAGAGCCACCUUCUACUUGCUGAUUGGCAAUGCUACAGCUGCACAGCCUGACCUCGACCGUGUCAUCAACAUGAAUGAUGCCAAUGUCAAGCUGCGUGCUAAUGCACUCAUUAAACGUGGAAGCAUGUACAUGCAACAGCAGCAACCCCAGCUCUCCACACAGGACUUUAAUAUGGCAGCUGAGAUCGACCUCCGUAAUGCAGACGUCUACCACCACAGGGGACAGUUGAAAAUUCUGCUGGAUCAGGUAGAGGAAGCUGUGGGAGAUUUUGAUGAGUGUAUAAAGCUUCGACCAGACUCUGCACUUGCUCAGGCCCAGAAGUGCUUUGCACUGUACCGACAGGCCUACACUGGAAACAACCCAUCCCAGGUUCAGAAAGCCAUGGAUGGUUUUGAGGAUGUCAUUAGGAGGUUUCCAAAGUGUGCAGAGGGCUUUGCUUUGUAUGCACAGGCACUAACUGACCAGCAACAGUUUGGUAAGGCGGAUGAUAUGUAUGACAAGUGUAUUGAACUAGAGCCUGACAACGCAACAACAUAUGUCCACAAAGGUCUAUUGCAGCUCCAGUGGAAACAGGAUCUUGAAAUGGGCCUCGACCUCAUUAGCAAAGCCAUUGAAAUUGACAACAAAUGCGACUUUGCUUAUGAAACUAUGGGAACCAUUGAAGUCCAAAGAGGCAACCUGGACAAAGCUAUAGACAUGUUCAACAAGGCCAUCAACUUGGCCAAGUCAGAGAUGGAGAUGGCUCAUCUCUACUCUCUGUGUGAUGCUGCUUAUGCCCAGACUGAGGUAGCAAAGAAGUAUGGGCUCAAGCCUCCCACACUAUAACUCUUGGUUCCUUCCAUCACAUUCUACUGCCGGGCCAGAGUACACAUCCCAUUACCCAAACAUGAUAUAUUUUUUUUUAACUCCAUUAUCAAUUAAAAGGAAGGCCAAACAGGAUCUGCUGCCAUAUGUUUACACCAUUUUUGAUUGGAGGACUGGAAAGUGGCACAGAAAAGCAUGGGGGAGUGGAGUGUGGAGCAGCAAAAUUAAAAAAGAUUGAGAGAGAAAGAAAAGCGAGUGAGUGAAAGAGACUGAUGGCUGCUCUUUUGGAUGUCAAAUCGUAAGUGGAUUAGUCCACAUCUUUAAGUAUGGUCCAGACUGUCUUACAACUUAUGAGCAGUACUCAUUUGCUUAUUUUCUGUCUCCCUUGCCAUGUGGUGUGACAAAUGUGAAUCUUUGAUUUAAUUUACUAUCAGCAAUGGACAAAAGUCUAUGUUCAGUAAUUUUACUUGAUUUUUUUUAAUUAUUAUUUUUUUGCUCUCAAGACACCAGAUUCCGUAAGUUAAGUCCAUGAACACCAUCAGCAGGGACUGCAUUAUGGAUUCAUGGUUUAAUGCUGUAAUGUGAAGAAGUUUUGUCCUUCACUGUCAUAUGCUAGCAAUCUAUUUUUGUUAUUGUUGUAUGGGAAAUGCAGGAUUAAAAUUUUAGUUGACAUGUGUUUGUGUAAUAAAUCAUUCUGUUCUUAAUGUUUCACUGCUGUUGAUGACACUGUUUAUAAGAAUUGAGUUAUAUCAAUCUAAAGUUUAUGAAAUCAGACCACACAGUGAUUCAUUUUGGUGUUAGUUUACAUAGUUUAAAUGGAGGUGGAGGUGG